CAUAUUACAACUGCUCUAUCGGCACCGUUCUUGGUGAUGGACCCUCCUGGUGGGGGAGACGAGCGUCGGAGACAGGCCGAGCGUCUUCGGAGGGAGGAGGCCUACUACCACUUUAUUAAUGACCUGAGUGAAGAGGAGUAUCGCCUCAUGAGAGACAGCAACCUGUUGGGGACCCCCGGAGAGGUGACAGCCGAAGAGCUCCAGCAACGUCUCGACGGUGCCAAGGAGCGCGAGUCGUCCCAGUCCAGCAACGAGCAGCUCUUGCCAGCCGCUGAGCCACAGGAGCAGCAGGCAGUUAGCGGAGAGGAAAGAGGGCCUGUGGGGAGACGAGGAGCUGGAAACACAGAUCCAGGUGCAGAAGCGUCCAACGGUGACUCAUUGCUCGAGUGGUUGAACACCUUCCGGCGCACCGGGAACGCAACCCGCAGUGGGCAGAGCGGCAACCAAACGUGGCGUGCCGUUAGCCGGACCAACCCCAACAGUGGAGAGUUCCGCUUCAGCCUGGAGAUCAACAUCAACCACGAUCAGCCGGACACGGGGGAACACGCCGACACUUUGGAGGCACCCGAGCAGUCCGCCCCCGCGCCGAGUUUGACGCCUUUGCCGAGCCGUGCCGCUUCUUCAGCUGCCGCCCGCCCGUCCACCACACCCAGGCCGGCCCCUUAUCCGACGCCUAGGCCCACACUGACCAGAAGGAUACAGACUCGGCGUACACGCAGCAGUAGCACCACCCCUUCCAUUUCAAACCCUGGUGUGCCACCUGCACAGCUGAGAGGAGAUGUAAUGUACUCUUUAGUGCCGCCACCCACUGUUUCUCAGUCGCGUCAGUCUACAUCUUCUCCGCAUCCGCCUGCCAAUGCAGAACUGGAGCAAAACCGAGACGACGUGACUUUAUCUCUCGACUGCCCCCGCGUCUCGCCCCAGUCAGGGUCUCAGGCGCCACCUGCAGGACAGGAAGCGCGUCGGACUCGAUCUCGGGGGCGCUGGCGCCGAGUGGCGGCCACGUGGAACGGCGCCGCCCCGCCCCGCGCCACUAGACGAAGUCGGUCUCCUUUGCACAGAAGUUCCACUAGCACGCCGGCAUCCAGCAGUGCAGUUAGUGGGUCUAGUAUUCAUAUUGUCGAUGCGGGGAUGAGCUCCGUUUCCACGGAAGUUGCGGCGGAACCGGCAACCACUGCGGCGGAGUCGAACACAGAGAAUGGUGAAAAUGAAUCGCAGUCUACCGGAGCGGGAAGUUCUUCAGUUAGACGUCACCCUACUAUCAUGCUGGAUCUCCAGGUGAGACGGAUCCGACCUGGAGAAAAUAGGGACCGCGACAGCAUUGCCAGCAGGACGCGUUCGCGGGCCCGCGUCGCCGAAAACACGGUCACGUUUGAGAGCGACAGCGGCGGCUUCCGGCGCACCAUCUCCCGCUCGGAACGCGCUGGAAUCCGCACCUACGUUAGCACCAUUCGGAUCCCGCUGCGCCGCAUCAGCGAGACGGGACUGGGCGAGCCAAACUCCACAGCACUGCGGUCAAUCCUUCGCCAGAUCAUGACCGGGUUCGGUGAGCUCAGCUCUCUUAUGGAGACGGAGGCUGAUUCUGAAAGCGCGACGCCUGCUGCCCACGUGGACGUCGGUGUCACAAACGCAAAUGCCAGCCCGGCCAAUGAGAACGCUUCAGUUCAAGCGGGCUCGGGGGGGCAGGAGCAAGAAAGAGUGGGUCCUACGAGCAACGAGGAGGAACCGGUCAGCCAGGCUAGACUCGGCGGGGGUACGGCAAACGCCAGUGAAGCCCGACCCACUAGCAGAGACACAAACAACCUUGUGGAAAACGGCACCCUACCCAUCCUACGCCUGGCGCAGUUCUUUCUCUUGAACGACGAAGACGACGACGACCACCCACGCGGCCUCACCAAAGAGCAGAUUGACAAUUUAGCCACGCGCUCGUACGGCCAAGCCAGCCUGGAGGGCGAGGCGGGCCGCGCGUGCAGUGUCUGCAUCAACGAGUACGCACAGGGCAACAAGCUAAGGCGUUUACCCUGCGCUCACGAGUUCCACAUCCACUGCAUCGACCGCUGGCUCUCGGAAAACAACACCUGCCCCAUCUGCAGGCAGCCCAUUCUGGCAGCGGCACACCACGACUGA